GAGCUUCAGUCUGGGUAUUCUGCAACAAGAUGCUGAGAUAAAUUUUGCUGGUGAUAACAGUUCUUCAUUUCAUCUUUCUCACCAGACCACGGGCAGGAGGCCUAAUUCAAGUGAAGAGAGGGAAAGUGCUGAGGAUAGGGAAGAAAAUGAGGAUUAUUAUUCUACCUGGGGCCAGAACAUGGAAACUGGAUCCCUUUGCGGUGCCUGUCACGUGAUUGUGCAGACAGCACAAAUCCACUGUGAGGACGUGUUUGGCAUCGUGGGAGAAAAUUUUACUUUUCCAGUAAAAAUAGACCAAAAAAUAGGGGAAAUUAUUUGGACAAAAAACAAGGAUAAAGUGGCUGAAUGGGAAGGGCAAAAAGAACCGACAUAUCUUACUUCUCUCCGUAAUAAAGGCUUGCUUAACAAGGAGAAUGGGUGCUUGACUAUAUUUAACUUGGAGUUCAAUGAUGCUGGCAUAUACAUGUUAGACUACGUUGAUUCUGGGAAAAGAAAUCAUAUCUUAAACUUCGUACUUACUGUGUUAGCUCCCCCUCCAGAACCUGAAAUAAAUUGCAACAUCAGUGGUGAUGAUGUUGUGUUAAAAUGUACAGCACAUUUCCAGAAGCCUCUGAAUUACUCUUGGAAGUUUACUAGAAUGCCAUUCACUUAUCAGACCCAGGAAGUUUUUAUCCCUAAGAAGAAUGUUGAUGGUUCCGAGAAAGCUUCAUGUUUCAUCAAAUUCUCUCAAACAGAAAAGAACUCUGAAAUCUCUUUGGCUCAAUGCUUUCCAGAUAAUAAAGGAGACCGCUAUCACAGAAACAGAAGUGGUCUGAUUCCGGUGCCUUUCUUAAUUGUAGCUGUAGUAUUAUUAGUAGUAUUCCUAUACAGAAGAGAUAGACAUAAACAUGGAACAAGAAGAUCUGCUGGGAACAGUACAGGGGAUUGCUCAGGCCUGCCUUCUUGUAACAGUCAAGAUGAGGGAAGGAGACACUCAGUGGAGGAACUCCUCACCUCUUUCCAUAAAUCUCCACGACAACUUGAUUGCGAGAAUGAAAAGCCUGAAGCAGACAAAGAAUUGAAUGAGGAGGACGGUGCCCUGAAAGACAACCAGACAGUGACCAAUGGUGUAAAUCAGGAAGAUAGAAGCUGUCUGGCCAAGCAUGCAGAUGACCAUGUUGUCAAUGAGGCAGAAGUGGCCCAGGAGGCAGAAGGUGGAAACGGGGAGCACCUGAGCAAUUCUCAGCUGUAGUGAAUAAGAUCUUAAAUUAUAAGCAAAUAAUUGCUCUGCGGACCAAACAACAGUGGAAGAGAGGUGGUGCAAUUCAACAGUGAAGGAGCUGCGGCCUUUUCUCUUGGACGUUUUCCACCAACACUGAAGUCAUCCAUAAAGAAGUGCUUUGAAGACUAGCUGAACUGUUUCCAGUGCCUCUUUUUCUUCUCUCAGAAGGGACAGCCUCCUUUUCUGGUGACACUGCAUGAAGAUAAAGAGGCCAAAUCACGGACAAAAUCUUUUGUAUUGUUUUGUAUUUUGUUGUAACAAGUGGUGCUGUACUAACACAACAUGUAAGAGCUAAGGUCUCUUUUAUAAUUGGUAUUUAGAGAUUAACAAAAUCAUAUCCAUUUGCAUGAAUGUGGAUAACUGAAAAACUAAUGGCCUUUCUCUGCAACUUUGGAUCAGUACCUUUUUACAGUCAGAAGAACAACAAUUCAUCCUUCAGCAAUUCCAGAUGGAUGGAAGUUUGCAUUUGCUAGUCUCAGUUCUCCAGCAGGAGCUCAGUGUCCCAGACGAAUAUUGUCCAAGAUAGCUAUCUCCUGGAGUUGGUAGAAGACUGGAAAACUGAUCAUCAUCUGAUGGUGGUUGACUCUGUGAUAAAGCUACAGUUCAGUUUGUUGUUGAAGGGGAACAAAGCUGCUGCUAUUAUCAGGGCUUUAGGGUUUUUUCCUUGAACUUGUGAUAUUUUUUGCACUUUUAGGAUUUUUUUUUUUUUUUUUUUUAUAUGUGUCAGCUUCUGCUUCGCAUUAUUCUAAGAGGAUGUCAACCUGCCCAUUUCUAAAGAAUAAUAUUAUGGUUUUAGGUUGCUUGUGACUGGGAAAAAAACUUGAAAACUGAGGUAAUUUAUACACUGAAGCUCAAAAAGAAUCAAAGAGAAAAGCAUACUGUAUGUUAAUGUUUUCAAAACAUCAGGAUAUGGAGCAUGUUUCAUGACUUCUGCCUGCUGGUUUUUAAUGAAAGCUGAAAGCCAUUUCAGUUGAUUUUGAACUUGGUUUGUGUAAAGAAUCAUGAAGGCUUGACAAGGAUAACCAGAGAUCACAAACUCCCCCUUCAUCUUUGCUCUUGUUUCAACUUAUGCCCAUUAUCUCUUGUUCUCCCACCAGGCACUACUAUGAAGAAUGGGUCUCCAUCUUCUCGAUAAUCAGCUUGUAGGUAUGGGAAGACUGCGGUUAGGUGCUCUCCCAAAGCCUAUUCUUCUCCAGGCUUGAACAAGCACAGUGCCUUCAGCUUCCCAUAGUACAAGUGCUCUGACCAUCUUGGUAGCCUUCCACUGAAUUUACUCCCAAGCUUCUUGAUGUCUGUCUUCUUGAAGGGGUCCAAAACUGGAUGC